AGUUUGAGUUUUCAUAUGAUCUCUCGUAAACUUUAUACACAUUUUUUUUAUUCCAGGCCGAAAUUUAAUUGCUUCCACGAAAAAUGUAAAAUAAGCAAUGGGGUUAAGAUUCGUUAGUCAACUCUAGAAAUUGUGAGGACUAUUUACUCGUAUGGAUACAAUUUACCAGGCAGUUCGUACACAUUAUUGUUUGGUUAAUUACUAAAUUUUGUCUGCCCGUUGAAAUCAAAUCUAAAAUAUUUGUUCAUCAUGUCGAAGCAAGUCUGCCUGCUUUGUUUACAAAUUUUCAGCAAUGAGGAAAAAUUCCGGAAAAAAUACCAAGUCGCCACUCUCUGCAAACUGUUAACAUUAUGUCAUCAUAAUUACAAAUCUUCUCAUCAUUUACCACCUGAAUUUGAAGAUAUCUUUAUAUGCGAGUUUUGCGAUGAUUGUUAUCCCCUCUUCAGCGCAAUGAAAGAAAUUAGGAGGCAAAUUUCACUCCUGGAAGAAGAAAUUGGGUCGAAAAUGAAGCAAAUUCGGGACACGAUUUUGCACAAUUCCUCCUCCCACGUGCAAAUUAAUGGAAAUGAGAAGAUUGUAAAAAUUCGUGACAUGUUUCUCCGCGUGACAGGAGAGAAUAUGGACAAUUUUGUAUCAGACGAAGAUGAGGUUCAAGUCAAAGUAGAGGACGAAGAGGAAGAAGGCCGUGACGUUGACGUCGACCCUCUCGCAGAUGUGGGUGACCAGUUCUUGGAUGAUGACCCUCAAAUAAGCGUCCCAGAAAUAAAAGAGGAAGAUUUUCUCGACGAUGGUGACGACGAAACUGCUUUUUGUAUUAUUCCUGAUUCUCAAAUCAUCUUGACAAAACCCAAAGAAGCUCCUGAACGCACUACGAAACGAAAAAGAGAAGAUUUACUCCCUCUACCAAACAAAAUUACGAAAUUAAGUAAACUGCAACCCGAUAAAGCACCCACCCUUGCAGCGUCAACGCCACGAUCCUCAACCCGUAUCAAAAAACGAACCACACGUGUCGAAAGUCUUGUCUCUUCUCCCACAGCAAAGAUAAGGUCUAAUCCAACCUCAAACUUGGAAUCAUCAGACGAACAUGUAAAAUCUGGAUUCGACAGCGAUGAUAAGGAUUCGAUUCCCGACGCCAUCCGCCCCCGUAUCUACAAAUGCGCCACGUGUUCCAAAUCUUUCUUGACACAAGACGCCCUUACUCGCCAUGUCGCCGGCUACCACAGUUUCUCCUGCAUCGUGCCGUCAUGCACCGACAAGUUUGCCUCUGUAGUAGAGAGAUCCGCCCACGUGAAAUCUGCCCACCCAGGUUUUGCACCGUAUCCAUGUCGAAUUUGCAAGAGAAAGUUUUAUUCUCCCGGCGCCCUCGGUGCUCACAUGGUGAUGCGACACGAAACCGGGGAAAAGAAAUUGUCCUGCGUCAAAUGUGGGAAGAAAUUCUGCCUCGAGGAAAAUUUGGCGCGACAUUUGAAACUGCAUAAAGUCGAGUGCACGAAACCUAUUGUUUGUGACCUGUGCGAUAAGCGAUUUGAAAGUGAGGAGCGUCUUCAAAGCCAUUUGGAGUCAGCAGUACAUUCAAACCGUUUCGAGUGUACACAAUGUCCACAAAAGUGCAAGAACAGGUUGUCUUUGGAAAGACACUUGAUGACCCACAGAACCGAAAAAACUGACAAAUGUCCUCACUGUGACCACGCAGCGUGCGAUAAGCCCACCCUUCAGCUUCAUAUUGCACGCGCCCACCCUGCCGGACCUCCUAGUCAUAUUUGCCACAUUUGUGGGAAAGGGUACUAUGUUCCCGUCGACCUCAAGAACCACCUUGCCCGUCAUGAAGGCAGGAAAUGUGACACUUGUGGCGAAACAUUUCUAGACUUAAACAGUUUACAGGUUCACCUUGUCAAGGUGCAUGGCAAAGAUCCGAUCGUUUGUGAUGAAUGUGGAUGCACUCUAACCUCUCGGAUAGGAUUGAAACGACACAAGCUGGCACGACAUGCGGGUGAAAAAAGUGGCCGUCACAAUGGCAAGUUUGACAAGAAAUGUGACACUUGUAACGAAACAUUUUCAGGAUUCAGUAGCCUACAAGUUCACCUUAUCAAAGUGCAUGGAAAGGACCCGCUGGUUUGUAAUGAAUGCGGAGCUACUUUUGCAUCCCUUCGAGGACUUAGGCUUCACCAGAAGGGCCAUGCGGGUGAAAAAAGGCACAAAUGCGAGGAUUGUGGGGUCCUCUUAACCAGUAAGCAGAAUCUGAAGAAACACAUGCUAAUCCACUCGGGCGAGCGACCUUUUCCCUGCCCCCAUUGCGACAAGGCGUUCAAGUCCAGCGCGUCUAGGAAGAGUCAUGUUAAUGUUAUCCACACUCCGGGCUACGUCGCCCCUACCCCGCACAAAUGUCCCCACUGCGAUACACGGUGUCAAAAUCCGUUCUCGCUAAGAGUUCACAUUCGCAAAGCGCACACGGGGGAGCGGCCCUUCGUUUGCGACCAGUGCGGUAAAGGGUUCGUGCUCAACUCAGGCCUAACUGCGCAUUUCAAAGCGGCUCACGGCGUCGUUUCGGGGAAAACGAGGGAAAAGUUGGCAGGAUCGAGAAAGGAUCGAAAGUCAUGCUCAAGAAGAGUAAAAUUAAAUUAAUUAAUUAAAUUCUUACUUAAAUUUGCAGUUACUGGUAAUGUUAAACUUCUAUAGUUAGUUCUAUUUUCUAUUGUACUUGAAACCAUAAAAUUACUAAAGGAUCAAUACCAUUUAUUCAUAAUCUCCGAGACUCUGCUCUGAUUAAAUCACAGAUUAAAUUACAUAGUAAUAAAAUAAGGACAGAUUAAUAACUGA